AUGCGCGUUCUUCACCUUUCUGCAACCCGCCACCUUCACACACACUCGUCCCGUCACGCGCCCUCGUCCAUCACUGUCACCUCCGGAUCACCUGCAUCCCUUCUCCUCCUUCGCCUCAUCCUCUUCUCACUUCCAUCAAUCAGCAUUUUUCACACACAGGGCGAUGACAAGGGCACACCCGUCCCCCGGCCAUACAUCACCUUUAUUGGGGGGUGGAGGGGGUGGUUGCGGACCGUGGUGCCACUGCCGUUGUCCCAAACUCCUUCACAAGUUGGGAAGGCGCCAAGUUUGGUCCGCGAUGUCCAUUCAGCCAUUUUGUGUCGUCUGAGUUGA